GUUUGCCAAAGGCUGAGGUAAGAGAACAAGAAGAGAACGAGAAGGUCGACAUAUUUGAAGAACAACGAAAAAACACUAAAACAGAACAUACUGAACCACUAAUGAAUCACAGAUGGUGUUCCUGUUUUGGAUUUGACGUCUCUCUUCCUCCCAAAUCUGAGAGAGAUGUCUUCAGUCCAUAGAAACUGUGAUCAUGUUAAGAAAACAUUUGCACCAUUGCUGAUACUUAUGAUGAGUGUCUUCAGAGGACAUACCCUCACAUGUAAUCCAACAGAGUAUCAGAACGGCAAUCAAUGCUGUCCUACGUGUUCUGUAGGAAGUCGAGUUAGAAAACAUUGUAAAGAGUAUGGUACUUCCUGUUUGAACUGCGAUGAGGGAACAUUCAUGAAUCGUCCUACAGGGCUUACAGAAUGUUUUGUCUGUGCACGCUGUGAUUCAGGUUCUGGUUUAAAGAUAAAGACAGCAUGUACGACUACAUCAAAUACAGUUUGUGAACCACUGGAGGGAUUCUACUGUCUGUUCUCCUCAGGAAACAGCUGUGUGGAAGCACAGAAACACAGCAGCUGUCAACCAGGACAAUAUAUCAGCCAAAAUGGAACAACAUCAAGGGACACUGAGUGCUCUGCCUGCAGAGAUGGAACAUUUUCCAAUGGGACAUUAUUGACAUCGUGUCAGCCACACACACAAUGUCAAUCAUUGGAUCUUCAGCUGAUAAAACCAGGAACUGCUUCAACGGAUGCUGAAUGUAAAGAACAAAGUUCAGGAGCUGGGAUCGGUGCCGUUGUGGGGGGGCUUGUGAUAUGUUUAUUGGUCGUACUCGCAAUAGCUCUGUUUUUCUGGCGUCUCAAAAAGAAGAGAGACACAAGUAUGACUGGCAUUUAGACAAUUAAAACAUUUGUUUUUAAUACAUAAUAUAAUUGUCAGAUCAUUAUGUUGUUGAUUGAGGUGCUUUUCAUUGGUAAUGUUUUACAGUUUUUCUCAGUCGCUUUGGUGCAUUUCUUAGAUCAAAAGGGCAAUUCUUGAUACUACUUGUACAAAUUCUGAAUCAUCUAGUCACUUGUGCACAUCAUUAAAGCAAUUUCUUAUUCCUUUGAA